AACAAGGACAUCGCCGCCAAACUGAUUGAGCAGAAGUUCAGCGUUGUUGACCAGGAGAAGAUCGACAAAUUCAUGCUGGAUUUGGACGGAACUGAGAACAAAUCUAAGUUUGGCGCCAAUGCCAUCCUGGGUGUGUCUCUGGCGGUCUGCAAGGCAGGAGCAGCAGAGAAGGGAGUGCCCCUGUACCGUCACAUCGCUGACCUGGCCGGACACAAGGACGUCAUCCUGCCCUGCCCCGCCUUCAACGUGAUCAACGGUGGUAGCCAUGCUGGUAACAAGCUGGCCAUGCAGGAGUUCAUGAUCCUGCCCAUCGGAGCGGCUAACUUCCACGAGGCCAUGAGGAUCGGAGCUGAGGUUUACCACAACCUGAAGAACGUGAUCAAGGCCAAGUACGGAAAGGAUGCCACCAACGUAGGAGAUGAGGGCGGCUUCGCACCCAACAUCCUGGAGAACAACGAGGCUCUGGAGCUCCUGAAGUCAGCCAUUGAGAAGGCCGGCUACCCAGACAAGAUCAUCAUCGGCAUGGACGUGGCUGCCUCGGAGUUCUACAAGGCAGGAAAGUACGACCUGGACUUCAAGUCACCUGACGACCCUGCCAGGUACAUCACCGGGGAUCAGCUGGGAGAUCUGUACAAGAGCUUCAUCAAGGGAUAUCCCGUCCAGUCCAUUGAGGAUCCCUUCGAUCAGGAUGAUUGGGCGGCAUGGUCAAAGUUCACCGCUGCCGUCGACAUCCAGGUGGUGGGAGAUGAUCUGACCGUGACCAACCCCAAGCGUAUCCAGCAGGCUGUGGAGAAGAAGGCCUGUAACUGCCUGCUCCUCAAGGUCAACCAGAUCGGCUCCGUCACAGAGUCCAUCAAGGC